GAUUUGUCAAAACAAUAUGAAGAAAUCAAGAAUGAUUUUAAAAGUUUACAAGAAAAUUAUAUGGAAUUAAAAAAUCAAUUGGAUGCUAAUAAUAAAUUCAUGGCUGAUCAAUUGGAAGAAAAUAAUAAAAAAAAUAGAAACUUUGUAACUAGUCAAUUCAGACAAAGUAACGAUUAUCUCAUUGAAACACUUACAAAUAAAACUUAA